CCUUGGACUGGGACCUUUGGGUUACACAACCAUGUUUCGGUGACACGCGACUACUAGAAAUCUGCGAAGAUGGAAUCCAUCUCUCGCGUCUCGUCCUUUAUGGACCCAGCACGAGACCUGACGGUCGAGGCUGCCCAGAGCAUAUCCAAAGCCAUCAAAGGAGGAAGCUCAUCUGCGCGGAAUAACAUGCCAUUUGCCAAGCUCAAGGCUCUUCUUGACAGCAGAAGUGACCGCGACAUUCUUGAUGGGUUGAAAAGAGUGGUCUCGAUGAUGUACCAAAACAAACCAUGUCUACCAUACUUCUCGUCAGUUGUCAAGAACGUUGCGAACCCGAGUCUCGAGGUCAAGAAGCUCGUGUACAUCUAUCUCCUGCAUUACGCCGAGUCCGAUCCAGAUCUGGCAUUGCUUUCCGUCAACGCCAUCCAGAAGUCCCUCACAGACCAGAAUCCACAGGUCCGAGCCCUGGCUCUGCGCACUAUGUCUGGGAUGCGAGUGCCGGUUAUUAGUCAGAUCGUUUCUCUGGCCAUCAAACGCGGCGUAGGUGACAUGAGCCCUCAUGUGCGAAAAGCUGCUGCUCUCGCCAUCCCGAAAUGCUACAACCUCGACCCGAAUGCCCUCCCGCAAUUGCUCGACUACAUUUCCACGCUUUUGGGUGACAAGCAGUAUUUCGUUGUCGGUCCAGCAGUCCAGGCAUUCCUCGAAGUGUGUCCCGAUCGCAUCGACCUUGUACACAAGCAUUACAGGAGUCUCGUCAAGAAACUGGUUGACAUGGACGAAUGGAGUCAGUUGGCCACCUUGAAGCUGCUCCUGUUCUACAGUCGACGGUGCUUCCCUCGUAAGAUGCAAAAAGUCAUCAGAGUCAACAAAAAGGGGUUUUAUGAGGAUGAGUCCGAGGAGAUCGUCGACACAGACGAGGUGAUAGAAGUGCUGGACCCGGACCUGGAAUUAUUUCUCAAAGCUUGCAGGCCUUUGCUACAAAGCCGAAGCGCAGCUGUUAUCAUCUCGGUCACCAGUUGUUUUUUGUACCUGGGUACCCCAGACUACCUUCGAGAAGCUGUCGGCCCAUUGAUCGGACUGAUGCGCGGACCUCCUGAAGUGGAGGAAGUGGCACUGUGCAACAUUGUACUGGUUGCCUUGUCUGCGCCAGACCUAUUUGUCCCCUACGCCUCACAUUUUCUGAUCCGGGCUCAAGAUUCUCCACAGAUAUGGAGAUUGAAGAUCGAACUUCAGACUCUCAUCUUCGCGCAUGCAGCAUUACAUCUUAAGUCCAUCAUCCUUAGCGAGCUGGAGCACUUUUCUCAUUCGGCAGAUGUAGAGCUCACGCGCGAAUCGGUCCGUGCCAUUGGAAGAUGCGCACAAUAUGAUCCGAAGGACGCCCACCGAUGCUUCCAGGUUCUUCUGAACCAAAUCUCCAGCUUCGACAAUAUUCUGGUGUCUGAAGUGCUGACCGUGAUGCGCCAUUUAAUCCAACAGGACCCUGCCUCCCACCGGAAGACUGUGGUGCGCUUAGCAAGGAACCUGGAUAAGACCACAAGUCCCGAGGCUCGAGCUACAAUCAUAUGGCUAGUGGGUGAAUUCGCGAGCCUCGACCCCGACAACAACAUUGCGCCUGACGUUCUGCGCAUACUGGCGAAAGGGUUUGCGGAUGAGAGCGAAUCUGCCAAACAACAGAUUGUGCUACUGGCUGCAAAAGUCUACCUGCUGUUUUUGCAGAGGGAGUCUUCCGGCCCUCGUGGCGAGACGACUGAUGCUGCAGAAUCUCAAGGCAAUCUUUCAGAGGAACUGCACGUCUCAGCCGACUUGAACCAUCCUAUCUCAAAGCUAUGGAACUACGUCCAGCUCCUGGCGCGCUACGACACGUCGUACGACCUGCGUGACCGCGCACGGCUUUUCAAAGCUCUGCUCGCCAACCCUGCAUCCACCCAACUGGCAGCUCUGCUCCUUCUUGCACCCAAGCCAGUUCCCCACUCUCCCUCUCCCUCGGAAAGUCGAAAAGGUCUGAUGCUAGGCAGUACCACCCUUGUCCUGGGCACGGACGUGGCGGGCAUCCUAGGACUUCCAGGCUACGAGCAACUACCUGACUGGGUGAGCGAGGGCCUUGAGCCCGAUCCCAAACUAAGAGACGCCGCCGACGGUGGCGAGAAAGACGAAUAUGUGCCCAUUGGCGGACGGACAACAAGCUCUGUCGCCGCAAGUCGGAGGUUAGAUGAAGCCGUCAAGGAGCGAGGGUUGGAAAAGGUUGUUGCGGCAGGAACAACCAAGGCCAAUGCGAAGCCCAGAACUCUGGACGAUUGGCUAGCCGAGAGCGAGGAAGAAGAGGAAGAGGAGAGCGAGGAGGAGACGGAAAGCGAAGAGACGGACGAGGAAGAGUCGGAGGAGGGAGAAACCGAAGAAGAGAGCGAGGAUGAGAGAGGAAUGACAAGGGGCCUGAUGGCCUCGCGUCCCUCAUGAAGAGCGGGCCAGGACGAGUAAUGCCAGAUCCUGAUCGCGGAUCAUGAAGAUCCCUGCCGAUCCUUUUCUUUGUCUGUGCCACACUCUGAUCCUUACGGGUAAGCUUGAAACAGAGAAAGAAGAGUUGGUGCCGACGUCCACAAGAGACCUUUGUACGCAGGCACGAACUGGGGACCGUUUUGCUCUUAUCCCCGUCCGGUCACAUCCGUCCACCCAUCAGUCCAUCCAUCCACGCGCCUACGGGAACCUCGUUCCUUUCACUCUGAUUACCUCCUCAUCCUCGUCCGUCUCCGCCCCGCUCCACCGCUCAUCAUCCACCGUUCACAGAGCACUGGGAGAAGAUCAACGGGACCGUCUCCCUCGAGCAUGAGAGAAACCAAACCGGACGAAACGGUGAUACGAAAGGAUCUCUGAUGUUCGAGCAUGUCUUCAAGACUGUUGGAUCCCGUUGCUAGUGAGCCAUCAGACGUUGAGCGGAGCUUCCUAUCCCCUCUUACACUAGAACUGGUCCCUCGACGGACUGACACAACGGUCGGCCGCUGGAUUCCGAAAGGAUAUAGCUCAGGCGUGAGGGCAUUGGCCGGUUCUUCAAGGGGUGUCCAUGCGUUGGAUGCCUCCCUCCGGCGUUCCGUAUGCUUGUACCUACAGUAGCAUGUCCGUUACACCGAAGAGAUUCUUUUCGCUGGGGGCGCCUGGAUACGCGGCACCCGCUUGUUACGGUUGAAGUCCCUAUUAUAUCGCUCGUACUCGCUUGACGCC